AUGGUGAUCGUUGGGAUCUGGCAUUGAUUAAAAAAAUCACUUUUUAAAGCUCAGCACCAAAAUCUUUUUCCAUGGUAGGAUCAAGGUUUCGGAGAUUCAUCCUGAAUCUCUCUCUCAUACUAAUGACCACAUCUAUGUACUUUCUUCUCUGGCAAACUCACAGACAGACAUGCUCACAGAAGAGAUCCCUGAUAGUGGCAGAUGUCGCACCCCAGGAGUAUGUCGAUGACCUACCCACCUGCUCUGCCAUCAUCAGUGGGGACAUCGAAGGCCUGGGGAAAGGUAACCUUAGUCGGCUUCUGACCUCCAGGAGGAAGAGCAGGCUUCACUCUGAAGAAUUCUACCUCAAAGUUACUCAGGAUUGUAAGGCAUAUGUCAAAGACCGAGGGUUCCUCACAACACCACUGAGUGAAGAAGAGAGAGACUUCCCUAUUGCCUAUUCUAUUGUGAUCCAUGAGAAGAUUGAGAUGUUUGAGCGACUCUUGCGUGCCGUUUAUACUCCUCAGAAUGUAUACUGUGUACAUGUAGACCAGAAGUCUUCUAAGGAAUUCAUGAAUGCAGUGAAAGCCAUCAUAUCCUGCUUUCCCAAUGUGUUUGUGGCCAGUACACUGGAGAGUGUGGUUUAUGCAUCUUGGUCUCGGGUGCAAGCCGAUUUAAAUUGCAUGAAGGAUUUGCUGAACUCAACCGUUAAGUGGAGAUACCUACUCAACACUUGUGGAACAGACUUUCCCAUUAAAACCAACGCAGAGAUGGUUCAGGCUCUUAAGUUACUCAAUGGUAAGAACAGCAUGGAGUCUGAAGCUACAAAUGACUAUAAGAAAGGCAGGUGGCAGUUCCACCACAAUGUUACUAACACUGUGAUUUGGACCAGUGUGAAGAAGAGUCCCCCUCCCAUCAGCACACCCAUGUUCUCAGGUAAUGCCUACUUUGUGGUCACAAGGGACUUUGUGCAACAUGUGAUGGAGAGUAAAAAAGUCCACAACCUUUUAGAAUGGGAGAAAGAUACAUACAGCCCAGAUGAACACCUGUGGGCUACUCUUCAGCGUAUGCCUUCAGUUCCAGGCUCAAAGCCUGCUAAUGAGAAGUAUCAUGAAUCCGACAUGAUCUCCAUUGCUCGUCUGGUAAAGUGGUCUUACCUAGCAGGAGAUGUGAAAAGUGGUGCCCCCUACCCACCAUGUACUGGCACCUACAGAAGAGCAGUGUGUGUCUAUGGGGUCGGAGACCUACAGUGGCUGCUACAACAACACCACCUCAUAGCUAACAAGUUUGAUCCAGAGGUUGAUGAUGUUACCAUCAGAUGUCUGGAGUCAGUCCUCCGCCACAAAGCAAUACGUAGUCAAUCUCAAGAACUGAUGAUUUUCUAAAAUGUUAUUUUCUUUGUAAAUAUGACAAAAUAAUAUAUUUGUGUAUAAAUGAUCUGUUUACAUUUGUUCCAUGUAGUUUGUAUGUUAAAUGUGAAGAGUGCCAUCUAAUGGAAGAAACAAUUACCAUGCAAUUUGACAGCCAUGGACUUUUUCUUCCCUGUUCAAGAUUAUUUUAUUUCAGCAUUGACUGUCUGCUGAUACCAAACAUCCAAAACAUUAUAUGCACAGCCACCAUCGAAAAAUAACUGCUGUGUAGUUACAUUCAUAUGAGUCUUACAUAAAUCCAGUUUUAUGUAAGCAAUUCCUUGUACAGUACAGGCCUUUAAUGUUUAUUCAUUUUUACAUGAAUAGCAGCUACUGUGUAAUGCAUGCAUCCUACUGUAAAACACAUUCUAUCAAAAUUAUUUUUGAUAAGCAGUCAUUUCUAAUAAAUAAAAGCAUACAAUUGG